AUGUCAGAGAGGCAUCCAUCUGUGCGCUCGGUAGCUUCUGACGCCGUUGUGGAGGUUUUCAACGUCCGUGUAGAAGUGCCAAAGAGGGAUGCAAACGGGAGGAGUAGAUGGUCGGCCAUAUGUCUGGUCAUGACAUGUACCGCCGCCAUGGUCAUCAACUCUGCCAACCUCGCGUAUGUAUCUAUUGCGCUACCCGCUAUUUCCAAAGACCUUUCUGUACCACUGGAUGAACUGCAAUGGGUGAUGACCGCCUAUGCUCUCACAUCACUGGGGAUCUUGGCCCAUUCAUUCCCUCCAUCAAAGGCUCGCGCUCUCGCAUUUACGACCUUCUCGACAGGGAACCCUCUUGGCGGUGGUUUGGGUAUGACUCUAGGCGGUGUUCUGACGGAGUUCUCCCCUGCCGGGUGGAGAUCUAGCUUCUUCGUAUUCGCUGGCAUCUCAUGUAUUUGCAUUGUCGGGGGGUAUUUCUUCAUCGACGCGGACAAGCCGACGACCGAAAAGAAUGGACGGGUGGAUUGGAUUGGAGCUUUCCUUGUUACCUCCGGCCUGACCCUCUUAACGGUUGUACUCAGCCAAGGCGAGGCAGCUCCCAAACAAUGGGCAACUCCGUAUAUAAUUGUCCUCAUGAUAUUCGGGGUAAUUUUCAUGGUAACCUUCUUCAUGUGGCAAGCACGGUUGGAGAGAAUACAGAAUGAUCUUAACUACCCACGAUCGUGGCUUACGCCGCCGCCUCUCAUGAAGGUGUCCUUCUGGACGCGAGCCAAAGGACGGCUGGCAGCUGUCCUGUGGAUAGCGGCGUUGACAUUCUGCGUCUUCCGCUCGUGGCAAUACUGGGUUCAGCUCUAUUACCAGAAUUAUGAAAGGCUGUCACCCGUCGAAACCAUGGUCCGCGUACUGCCCAUGUUCAUCAUGGGUAUUCUGUGCAACUUCUUCAUGGCCCAAGUCAUCAGCCGCGUACCUAUUGUCUAUAUCGUCGCUGCGGGGGCCGCUAUCACCAGCACGGCAGCUCUCCUUUUUGCAAUGAUUGAUCCCACUGCACCGUACUGGGCCUUCGGGUUUCCCGCGACCAUCUUCUCAGUCUGGGGCGCCGACUUCGUGUUUUCCUCGGGCACAUUGUUCGUCGCGAAAACAGUCGCUCAGCACGAGCAGAGUCUAGCUGGCGGGGUGAUGCAGACGAUGACUCAGUUGGGCACCACACUUGGGGUACCAAUUACAACUAUUGUCUACAAUCGCGUCGUCCAACAGCGAUCGAGGGAGAUGCGAUGGAGGCUAAACCCAAUGGCUAGCAACGCACCUCGCCCGGCCAUGCUAGCAGGAUACCGUGCCGCCCAGUGGUGCGCCUUUGCUUUUGGUUGUCUAGCAAUCAUUCUUGCGCUUAUCUUCCUUCCUGGUGUCGGCAUCGUUGGGCACAGAGGACCGCCAGGCCCCGCUCAGGAGGCCACCGACAAGGGCCCCUUCAAACCCACGCCAGCAGAAGACGAGAAAAAGCAGGACAUCGAGUCCGGCAGCGCCAAUCUGAGGGACGACGUGCCUUUCAGAGGUCAAGCCCAACAUGACCGUUCCGACAGCUACAGCACCACGGGUGUCAGCACGGUGACCCAUGUCUCGGAUGCCGAUUCCCUGUUUCCGUACUCCUACGGCGAGCCUAUGCCGACUGUUCGUCAUGGUGUAGACUUCUCGUUGAUUGGGGUGAACGAGGAGAUCGUGUUGAAGUUGGGGGAUGGGAUGAGCGUGAAGGACGAGACGAAGACUCUGGUAGAGGAAGAUCCCCUGAAUGAUACCGCAAGUAAAGGACGAAUGUAG